AUGGAAGAGAUUUUCGAUGAUUUAAUUUGUCUGGAUGAAGAGGGAGAAUCAUUGGAAUCUAGCACGAACGAAAAUCUGCUAGAGAUCAAGCAACAAACUCUUUACUCCAGAACGCAGCCAGAAUCAUGUGUAAAUCAUCGCAGAAAGCAUGAUAAUAUUGCACGUUAUUUGGAUGACAAACAAAUGUCAUCAUCUAAACACUGUUGUUACGAAAAAACAUCUAGUAUGAUGCCGAGCGAUUUUCAUGGAAGUGAGAGAUAUAGUAGAAUGAAAACAAUCGAGAAUAUGGAUGAACUUGUUGCCGACACAAGCGAAGGAGAUGACACUGAUUGUUUGGAGUCAGGAAAAAAUAUAUGCUUAGAUCAGUCAUCAAGAAAAGCAGAGAAUAGGAUCAGUGUCAAUCAUGUGAGCUUGACAUCAUCAACGGUUUUACCAAUGUAUGAUGAUGACGAGGAUUGGCCUUAUCUUUCCGGUGAUGUUGAUGAGGAAGCUGUACGAUUGGCAGCAAGUGUGAAUCUGGACUUAGUUGAGGAAGCAAAAGAUGGUUCACAGCAAGAUCCACAAAAGAAAAGGAUUACAAUUGAAAAGAUGACUGACAAAUGGAAUUCAGAACAGUACUAUAACGACGAUGAAUCACCCUGCCACAGCAAAAAUCCAGAUAAGCUUGAUGACUCGAAACCGUCAUUGAGAAAAUUCUCUUCACUCACUUCAUCAAUUAGAGAACGUCAAUCAGUAAUGCAUGCAUAUAAAGAAUCAAGUCACAGUAUGGCGGAUGAAUUUUUGCGAUAUCGACAUCAGGAGUCGAUGAAAUACCAUGAAUUAUCGGAGCGACAUAGUCGCGUGGGUCGUACUCCACUUUUUGUGUCUUCACAGAAUCGUCGAAAUUCGCUGCAGGCUAAAGCUGGACAUCCUUCACUUUACUCGAAGAAGACAUAUAUACCUUAUCUUAAUCCCUGGAGAAAGGAAGAAAUUGCAACUAAUCUACUCAAAAAAUCAAGCAAAAUCAGUGGUGUUAUUAAACGAUCUUAUCAAAUCAAGACCCAGUCAUUGGACAACAGCGAAAGAAAAAGCAAAGAAGUAAGUUCCGAAAAUUUUAUUCCUAGAACGGAGUGUAAUAAGGCCAACUCGGAUACUGUCCGAAAUAAAUGUGCGAUACUUCCUCCCAUUAACAGUGCUCCACUCCCAAAGGCUGAUGGAAGGAAGGUUCUUGUUGCAGAGAAAUACAGUAAAGUGGAAGUUCUGAAUGAAAGUGUUCAGUUUUCGGAAAAAAAAACUGAACAUGAAAUUUCGAAGAAAAAGUUACGAUGGGUUUUAACUACGGAGCAGUUUCAAUCCAGUGGAGUAAAAGCAAAUUCUGUGGAACAUAAGGAUCGCAGUCAUCCAGAGACAGUUGCAGACGGUUUGGUUAGUAUCAUUUUUUCCUGGGGAUAUGUAAAGGUGACGCUCAAUUUCACGGGUAGUAUUCGAAAAUACGGGAUAAAACGAAAAGUACUUACCAAAAACGGAAGUAUGGCAAAAAUGAUUAAUGAACGAGCUUCGACCAGUGCGGACAUACCGCCAACUCCUGAUUCGACCACUGUAUCAACACAUGUGCAACAACUAGCGGAUAAUAUGUAUAGUAAAGUUGCAGCAUAUCUUCAAGGACAGAUUGAAGGUACUAUUGCGGAGUAUAAAUUGUUGAAGAAUAUGAAUAAUGCUACAACUCAACGUUACGAUGACAUGAAGCACGUAGCAAGUGGUGUUGCAGAGAAACUCUCACAAUUGAAUUCCAGAUAUGAGACGUUACGUCCAUAUCUGCAACAAAUCGAUGAAGUCGAUGAAAAUACAAGAAGGCUGGAGGAGGCUGCCAAUACUUUGGACCGUUAUGUAACCACCCUGGAAACCAAAUUCCGUGAAAUUCAGCGCGAUGGUGGUUCUCCGAGCUAA